AUGAGCUCUGAAGGAAAUGGAGUAUACUGCACUCUACUACUGAGCGAUCAUUAUCUCCCUGGAGCGGUAGUUCUCGCUCAUUCUUUGCGCGAUAAUGGGACGAAGGCGAAAUUGAUUGUCCUCUACCCGCCGGACACGCUACAGCCGGCUACCAUCCAAGAGCUUCGCACGGUAUAUGAUGAGCUUAUUCCUGUUCACCCGAUGACGAACAACACCCCAGCAAACCUCUGGCUCAUGGAGCGCCCGGACUUGAUAUCCACGUUUACUAAAAUCGAGCUCUGGAGACAGACACAGUUCCGACGCAUAGUAUAUAUUGACUGUGAUGUGGUAGCCCUCAGAGCACCCGACGAGCUCCUGGAGCUAGAAAUGGACUUUGCCGCUGCUCCAGAUGUCGGCUGGCCGGAUUGCUUCAAUAGUGGUGUGAUGGUGCUUCGUCCCAAUCUUCAAGACUACUUCGCCCUUAAAGGGCUCGCAGAAAGAGAUAUUAGUUUCGACGGCGCGGACCAGGGAUUGUUGAACAUCCACUUUAAGGACUGGCAUAGGCUGAGUUUCACGUACAACUGCACCCCCAGCGCAAAUUAUCAGUAUAUUCCGGCCUACAGGCAUUUUCAAAGUACCAUCAAUUUGGUUCAUUUCAUUGGAUCUCAGAAACCCUGGAACAUGUCGAGGCAAGUGGCCCCGACUGAAUCACCAUAUAAUGAGUUAUUAGGGAGAUGGUGGGCUAUUUAUGAUAGACAUUAUCAUCCUGUCGCAGCACCUACGCACCUCUCUCGAAUGGAUACAACAUCUGCACCUCCACCAGGUGGACUUCCGGCCUGUCAAACAGACCUGGCUAUAAAGUCAUCGUUGAUGAUGGCUUCACAGGCGACUCCCUCGGGUCAGGAUUUGGAGAGCUUUGAGACAGAGCCCGUUGGAUUUCCGGAACUACCCUGGGAGCAAUCAUCUGUGUCCCAGCCCGUGACGUGGAGUGAUGAAUCCAACUCGCACAGAGUUGCUCAAGCGCGGGAUUUUCCCACUGGGAAUAGUAUAUCCCCGUCAAUUCCUAGUGGAGCAAAGGAAUAUAGAAAAGAAGAGUUACAUGAAAAUGUUGAUAAAAGUGUGCGGACACCACUUUUGAGUGCUGUCCCACAAUAUGUUUGUGGAGAAGAGCAUGUCUCAACCUAUUUACAAGCUCAUUCUGAAACAACGCCCCCAGUCAAGCACAUAGAGCAACGUAUCUUGGUACAAAAAGACAAUGUACCGACGCCGUUGAAUGUCACAGAGCCUCAGGUUAGUAAACAGACGGGAGAGUGUAUUUCGAGAGAGGAACAAUCAUCUACACCAAGGCCUGGAGCUCCAGUUUUCGAGCCUCCCAAGGCAGAGUGGGAUGCAUCACGUGAGCCGCCGCCUCUAAAUACUAAGCCUGAAGGAAUUGCUUUGGAAAAGAAGACAUACACCAUGUCGGAGGACAAACAGCUUUUUCAGCCACCUGAAUCCUACCCAGAGGCUCCCAAGAACAUGUAUUAUGACCUUCCUAGCAGCAAACCGGAGCCAAAGAAGCUCACGCAAAUUUUCCCUUGGGAAAACCACAUGCCCAAGCCAACCCGAGUGUUCAUAAACGACGAGCAGAGCAACGUUUCACUCCCGAGCCCAAGCAGUACAAGAAUCUCCCGAGAGUCCUUAAAAGAAGACUGGGGACCAUCCAUGGAGCCAACAAUACCUUGCACAUCCAACGAGCCUACCGAGUCCUGGGAAAACUACUCCCGAUCAAAUGCAUGGGACGAAGUCCCAGAGAUCCUGAGAUAUAUCCAAUCAAUCCAGCAAGCCCGAAAGGCCAGGGUUCAAGUAAUAUCAGACUCUGAUAGCUCUGCUGCAUACGGGGCUCCAAGCCAAACAAUCACCGAAUCAAACGCGGACACGCCAUUGACUUUAUUUCCAAGUGAACUUGGGGGUCCCCGUCUUCCUGUGACGCCUGCGCCCAUACGAAGAUCAUCAUACUUUAAUGUUCUAGAAGAGGAUUCCACUGCGGACAAAUUACCCACUGCCAAAGGAGUGCCAGACCAAGAGGAAUGGGUGGGUAUUACGGCUGAUGUGUUUUUGAGCCUGCUUCGGGCGACAUACUUAUACUGGGCUUUCACAGAAUCCGUUGACACGUCUCGAAGAGCUUCAUCGAUGGCAGUCUGA